AUGCAAACAAUUGGUCUUUCAGUGCUGCUGGCACUCGCCACUGUUGGGCAGUCCACCUACAUAAAGGAGCGUCCCGCCAAGCCUACAGCUACUGCCGCCCCAUGCCACGUGACCGCUUACUCAGCUAUCCCGGCUGCUAUCGCGGCUUGCACUGCCAUCACUCUCGACGGCAUCACCGUUCCUGGAAACUCAACCAUCGAUCUCUCGAAGCUAAAGAAAGGUACCAAAGUCACCUUCAAGGGUACUACAUUUUGGGAAUACUUUGAUGCCAACUACCCGUUCAUCAAGGUUGGAGGCACAAAUAUUGAGAUCACUGCCGCUAAUGGCGCUGUCCUUGAUGGCAAUGGUCAAUCAUGGUGGGAUGGUCUGGGUAGCAAUGGUGGCAUUGCCAAACCCAACCAUUUCAUCGAACUCAACAAGGUUCUUGGAUCUAGUUCAGUGCACGACAUCUACAUUCAAAACUACCCGGUGCACUGCUUUGCCAUCAGCAACAGCGCUGGCCUUGACGUCUACCACAUUACUCUCAACAAUAGUGCUGGAUAUGCUCCCAACGCUCGUUCUAACGGCCUGCCAGCCUCGCACAACAGUGAUGGUUUCGAUAUAUCCUCAACCAACGACACGAAGGUCCGCGACAGUGUAGUUAUCAACCAAGACGACUGUGUAGCCAUCACCAGUGGUAACAAUAUCAUCGUCGACAACAUGCACUGCAACGGCAGCCACGGACUAUCCAUCGGCUCGGUGGGCGGCAAGUCCAACAACAAUGUCACCAACAUUGUCUUCAGAAACUCCGUUGUUCUCAAUGCUGAGAAUGGUGCCCGCAUCAAGACCAAUGAGAACACCACUGGCUGGAUUAACAACAUCGUGUUCGAGAACAUUCGCGUUGAGAACAUCUCCAUCUACGGCAUCGACAUCCAGCAAGACUACCUCAACGGAGGUCCCACGGGUCACCCGACUGCUGGGGUUAUUAUCUCCGACAUCACCAUCAAGAACGUUACAGGUACCGCGACAAAGAAGGGCAGGAACUACUACAUCCUCUGCGGUCCGGGCAGCUGCAAGAACAUUUUCAUCAAGGAUGUCGACAUUCAAGGUGGAGGCGUGCCCAGUUUGUGUAACUAUCAGACAGGAGGCAACUUUAAUUGCGAUGGACAUCUCAGCAUGACGAGCUCCUAG